AUGUCGAGGGGGAGCAGCUGCGCGAAAGGGAAACGCCUGUCAGUCACACCACUGCCCAUUUCGCUGGUCUCGACCCAGCGAUCACUCGAUUCGUUACCACAGGAAGCCUUAGUGAAGGUGACAGCUUCAUUCAGGCUUUCGACUUUACGAGCCGCACCAAGAUCAGAGCGAGAGGUCGAGUUUGAGCAGCUGCGUGAGAAGGAAAAGCCUGUGAAGUUCACCGCUGUGGCUUUCCCCGGCCCCGACCCAGCGAUCAUUCGAUUCGUUACCACGGGAAGCCUUAGCGAAGGUGACAGCUUCAUUCAGGCUUUUAACUUUAUGAGCCGCACCAGGAUCCUGGAUAUUGUGACAGGCAGAAGUAAAGACCUCGAGCGCACCGGCAAAGUCCAGAAGAUCGAACUGUGGAUAGCGAAGAGAACGUCAACGGGUUCCUGGUCAGCGAUGGCCGAGGUCUUUUGUCCACCCGCAUACACCAUUUGA